AUGCUGCAAGAUCAGCCAGCUGCGGCAGAACCUGUGGAGGACCACACGGCAGGGCAACCAGGCUGUGGUGAGAAGGCAAGAGAGGAUGUGCCGGGGCCGCAAGACGCAUCUGCGCCGGAGCCUUCCAGCGUUGAGAGGCCAAUGCUGCAAGAUCAGCCAGCUGCGGCAGAACCUGUGGAGGACCACACGGCAGGGCAAGAUCAGCCAGCAGCAGCAGAACAUGUGGAGGACCACACGGCAGGGCAGCCAGGCUUUGACGAGAAGCCACGAGCGGAUGUGCCGCAAGACGCAUCUGCGCCGGAGCCUUCCAGCGUUGAGAGGCAAGAUCAGCCAGCUGCGGCAGAACCUGUGGAGGACCACACGGCAGGGCAACCAGGCUGUGGUGAGAAGGCAAGAGAGGAUGUGCCGGGGCCGCAAGAUGCAUCUGCACUGGAGCAAGAUCAGCCAGCAGCAGCAGAACAUGUGGAGGACCACACGGCAGGGCAGCCAGGCUUUGACCAGAAGCCAAGAGUGGAUGUGCCGCAAGACGCAUCUGCGCCGGAGCCUUCCAGCGUUGAGAGGCCAAUGCUGCAAGAUCAGCCAGCUGCGGCAGAACCUGUGGAGGACCACACGGCAGGGCAACCAGGCUGUGGUGAGAAGGCAAGAGAGGAUGUGCCGGGGCCGCAAGAUGCAUCUGCACUGGAGCAAGAUCAGCCAGCAGCAGCAGAACAUGUGGAGGACCACACGGCAGGGCAGCCAGGCUUUGACGAGAAGCCAAGAGUGGAUGUGCCGCAAGACGCAUCUGCGCCGGAGCCUUCCAGCGUUGAGAGGCCAAUGCUGCCGGCGACACUGACUCCGACUCGGCUGCAAGAGGCCGUUGGGACGCCUCCGGCCACCGACUACACGCGCGCUCAGGGCAAGGCCCGGCGACCAAGAGCCGGGCACAGCCUGGCGGCGCUGCGCUGCGCGCUGCAGUGCCUCGACUGCACGGACGCCUGGGCUUUGGACUCGGCUUUGGCUCAGCUCGAGGCUGCGGCCGCGCUGAGCGCCGCCCUCUGCGGCCCGCAAGAGGCAGAUGUGGAGUUGACCUUGCUGGAGGCUGCCAAGGAGCAGGUACGGCUCAUUACCUCUGUCCCAGAGGGCUUGCUCACCGAUAUCUCCGAGUCAGGACUACGCCGGGGUGCGAGGAGCCUGCGCGCGCGCGGCCGCCUCGCGCGGUGGCGGGAGAGGGCCUCGGGCGAGGUGGAGGAGGAGCAGGAGGAAGGGCAUGGCCAGGUCAGCGCGGCAAAUCUGGAGUUGCAGCACCUGAAGUCCAUGCACGAGACCCUGCAGAAAGAACACGAUGGACUCAAACAGCAACACCAGGAGCUGGUUGCACAACUCGCUCAAGAGGAGAUUCCGGAAGGGAGGCUGCCUCCUGCUCCGGAAGACCCGGCGUCGCUGGAGCAGCCAGAGCCGACGGCAGACCUGCCGGAGCUGUCUCCGGAACCACCAGAAGAGCCAGAGGAACUGCAGCCGCCGGCAGCACCGGCGGCGCCCACGGAACCCGCGGCAGGCGACCCGCCGCCACCUCCGAGGAAGCUGCUGCAGCCGACCCCGAACUCGGACGCCACUCCCAGGUGGGGCUGGUGGCGCAACAGCCGCGUCGCCCCGGAGCCACGCGGCGAAGGCAUCACCCGUCACGUGGUGCGCUUCAAAGACGGCGUGCAGCUCGGGCCGCCCCGCUUGGAGAGGGUUUGGGCGGGUGCGGGCGCAGCGCACGCGGGCUACGCGGCUGCCACGCCCCCAGCUGCCCCGCCAGCACCAGCUCCAGCAACGCCCGCCUACGGGGAUCUGAGCCGCACUGGACUACCGGAUGCGUGGCAGCUCCACCAAGUCUGGGAGCGGCUGAGUACGCCGGCCGUGGUGCCUGCUAGCAUCCCAGGCUGUGCACACCUCAGAUAUGGUACUGCCGGGGAGGCCUGCCAGGACUUGCGGCUGGCCGGUGGAGCAGGCGCGCCCAUUGUGGUGGUGGCCGUCUCCUCGCAAGGCCUCGCGCGCCAGGCUGGGGUGCUGCCAGGAUUUCAGCUCAUGGCCUUGAACGGGCACGACCUCAAAAUGGGGCAGCUGGCGCUCCACGGGGAGGAGCUGCUGCCUUCACUGGCGCGCGCGUCCUUGGGGCAGACGAGGCUGGACUUCAUGGACCCCGCGCCGCAAUCGCACGGCCUCCCCAGCCUGGGAGAGAAGCUCGCGCGUUUGCCUCUCUUCAGUCCGGCUAUUCGUGCAUGA